AUGUCCACGGCAGAAUUAAAUGGCCAGCGGGAACUGGGCAUAUCUUUGCCCCUGACCUUCAUCAUCAUCACCCUUGUGUCCACAGGCUUAUCAGAUCCCGGUAACUAUCAUGAAUUCUGCCGAUUUUUGGCUCGAUUGAAAACCAAUUAUCAGCUUGGAGAACUGGUAGUUGUGAAAGAUUAUCCAGAAGUUAUUAGACUGAUAGCAAGUUUCACUAUUACUAGUUUACAGCACUGGGAAUUUGCACCAAACAGCGUUCAUUACUUGCUGACCCUUUGGCAAAGAAUGGUUGCCUCAGUUCCUUUUGUGAAAUCAUCAGAACCCCAUCUCUUAGAUACCUAUGCACCAGAAAUCACAAAGGCAUACAUUACUUCUAGAUUGGAAUCUGUUUCCAUGGUUAUAAGGUAAUCGAGAAUACAGUUCGCUGU